AUGACCGAUCUCUCACAUACAGAGGAAGAAGCGAUGUCAGAGACCGCCGAGCACGGAGGAACAAUCGACUUGGAGCGAUCUAAGGCUGAGGACGAAGAAGACGAUUACGAUGAUGACGAAGAAGAUGAUACUUCGCCGGAGCUGACGACGGCCCAAUCAUUUUUUUGGCCGCCGUCAUCGGCGAAUUUCGAGAAAGAUCGGCACUUGGUGUACCUGCAGAUGAUGUACGAGCUGCUUCCGGAUCAUUAUCAAUCGCAGGAGAUCAAUCGCCUCACACUCGCUCACUUCAUAAUCUCAGGCCUCCACUUUAUUCGCGCAAGAGAUCGUAUUGACAAAGAUGUCAUUGCAAACUGGGUUUUGUCCUUCCAGGCCCUGCCUAGUAACAGAGCUGCACUGAAAAAAGGCGAGUUCUACGGUUUCUACGGUUCACGGAGUUCUCAGUUUCCCGUAGACGAGGAUAGGGUUUUAACUCACAACAAUAGUCACUUGGCAAGCACUUACUGUGCCUUGGCCAUUCUCAAGGUCAUUGGGCAUGACCUCUCGACCAUCGACUCUGAAACAUUGUUGUUGUCCAUGAAAAACCUCCAACAGGAUGAUGGAAGCUUCAUGCCUAUCCAUACUGGAGGCGAGAUGGAUCUCCGUUUUGUAUAUUGUGCUGCUGCAAUCUGUGACAUGCUGGGUGAUUGGGGUGGAAUGGACAAGGAGAAGGCUAAGAACUACAUAUUGAAUUGUCAGUCAUAUGAUGGUGGCUUUGGUUUGAUCCCUGGUUCUGAGUCUCAUGGUGGUGGUACUUACUGUGCUAUUGCAUCUCUUCGAUUGAUGGGGUUCAUUGGAGAUGAUGAUCUGUUGUCAAAUGGUUCAGGCCAUUCAAUAAUAGACUCUUCUUUGCUUCUCAACUGGUGCCUGCAGAGACAAGCCAGUGAUGGUGGGUUUCAAGGUAGGACUAACAAGCGGAGCGACACAUGCUAUGCAUUUUGGAUUGGAGCUGUCCUUAAACUCUUAGGAGCAGAUGCAUUGAUCGACAAAGUUGCUCUGCGCCAAUUUCUACUGACUUGUCAGUCCAAGUACGGUGGGUUCAGUAAGUUUCCUAGAGCUUUACCGGAUCUGUAUCAUUCAUACUACGGUUACACGGCUUUUAGUCUCUUGGAGGAACCGGGCUUGAGUCCUCUAUGCCCUGAGCUUGGGUUACCACUGCUUGCAGCCUCGGGAAUCUAA